AUGUCAAAUUCCGUAGAAAAAUCAGACGAUUCUCCAAGUGAAGACACUGUUCAAAAUCCUGAUCGUGAAGAACCGUGUCAGUUACAAGAAAACAAGAGUCCGAUAAGCGAAAAUUUAUCAGCAGUACCAAAGACUGACACACCGAUUCGAAAAAGCACUAAACACAUCGAACGACAUUCCGGCGAACAUGCAGAUUUGUACGUCGCUUUAAGAUGCACAUCCAAUCAGCUUAGAACGCGUACUAAUGUUAGCACGAUCAUCAAUCUUCGAAAUUAUCUUGAUCCAUAUACAAAAAACAAUCUAAGUUUGGAGAAUGGAAAAUUACCGAACGGAUACGACGUGGAUCAUAUACAUGAAGUUCAGGUUCUAAUUUAUGCUGUCAACGAAAUUAAGGCGUUUUCGACUAAAACAAUCGAGUGCUUGCGUGCCGAAGUUAACGACGUCUCGAAUCUGGUUAUUACUACUUGUGGUGUUAAUCGAUCGAAAGGCCAGGCUAUGAAGUACUUUUUGAACCAUGUAGAAAAAGAAAAUGAAUUUUCACUUCUCACCGCUCUGGUUCAGACAAGUUCGGGCAAGGAACGACAGAUCGCAUCAUACUCAGGAUAUAUCGUUGAUCUUAUCAAAAACACGAGCUCGACUAUGAGCGACCGUAUACGCCACAUUCGACGAGACGAUGGACACGUGACUGAUAACAGUAUAUAUGAAUUAGUUGCCGAUAAAUUCGAUUCCUUAGUUCUCAAGAUGGAUCUCGAUCGAACUGACGCCGUCAAAUUACGUAGUGGCCGCACUUAUUAUCCUCCGAGAUAA